AUGAAGACGCUUUCCUCCCUCUUCAUCGCCCUCAUCGCAAUUGCACUUGCAGUAUACAACAACGAGUACAUGCUCUCGAGACUUACACAAUCACUGAGACACGUCACAUCCCUCGCAAAGACCACCAAGCCCUUCUACAACGCCACCGAAGAUAUGUCGACCAUGUUCCGCGGACUGCCCGUCAUCCCCGACGAGAAGUUCACCACCGAUGCGCCCCGCAAGAUCGCAAAGUCGUUCCUUGCUGUCGAGCAAUCUGAAGGCGCAGGAGCGAAAGUGAGGAGGAGUGUUGGCACCCCCAAACUGCGCAACUUCUCUCCCUUCCUCAUGCUCGACCACUUUGCCAUUCCACCAGGCGCAGGCUUCCCUGACCACCCACACCGAGGCCAAGAAACCAUCACAUACCUCCUCUCUGGCGCCGUUGACCACGAAGACUUCGCCGGAAACAAGGGCACCAUCGAGCAAGGCGACCUGCAAUUCAUGACUGCCGGUCGCGGCAUCGUUCACGCCGAGAUGCCGCGCCAGAACGAGGACGGCGCGCCCAACGUCGGAAUGCAACUCUGGGUCGACCUGCCCAAGGAGCUGAAGUCAUGCGAACCCCGCUACCGCGACCUGCGAGCGAAGGAGAUCCCCGAGACGACCGCGGAUAACGGCAAGGUGCACGUCAAAGUCAUCAGCGGACAAGCGUACGGCACCGAGAGUCUGAAGGAACUGGCAUACACACCCGUGUGGCUGCUCGACUUCACAGUCCAGCCCGGCGGCAAAGUCAAGCAGCCCCUACCAAAGGGCUGGAACGCCUUCGCAUACCUCCUCGACGGCACUACUAUCUUCUCUUCUGACGGCGUAUCGCGACCUAUCGAACAAUACCACAACGUUGUUUUCGAGAGCAACGGCGACAGCAUUGAAGCUUCCGUGGAGGAGGGUGCUGAGAAGCCAUCACGGUUCAUUCUUGUCGCUGGUCUGCCGCUUGACCAGCCCAUCGUACAGUACGGGCCUUUUGUGGUCACGUCAAGAGACGAGGUCAUGCAGGCUAUGAUGGACUACCAGAGCCAUUCGAAUGGGUUUGAGAGGGCGAAUAACUGGGAGAGUGAGAUUGGAAAGAGUAUGGUCCACGGAUCGCCACAGUCAACAGGCGAUAACGACGAAAACCGGGUUCUCCAGCGUCCCCACGAACCAAUCAGCCAAGUCGGAUUUCUCGCUGCCGACACAAACGGUGAGAUAAGAUUCGCAGGGAGACCGACUGGUAGCGUUGGAAGCAUUGAUCCAGAGUUAGUGGGUGGCUACAAUGGACCAUUGCUAUUCUGCGGUCUGCGAUACCACCUCGACAUGAUAUCCUUCCGGCACAUAGUCGACGAUCUGCGCUCGUGUUGGUACGAUGCCAGGAUCGAUGCCGAGAGGCGGAUACAAGGCCCCAUCAAGGGCGUUCGUGCAAAUUGCCUCGGUGACACUGUCAUCAGUAAGCGACCAAAAUACGAACCGAUCAAUACACUCCACAGCACCUUCUUCGACACUGAUCGUAUCUUCAAGAUCCCUGUAGGUGAGAAGAUCGGUAUCCCGUUAGAGGUACACCUAAUCGAGCCUGCUGUACCAUGGAGGAAUCGUCGUCUUUAUGGCGACACGAUUAUCCCCUACUCUCUCAAUUUCGACGCGCGGAUACUCAACCCGGCGCAGUGGCGGAUGAUUACAGGCUCGAUUAUGAUCAUUCGCAAAGACCUUAAGCCGCUUCAUUGCGCCCAUAUAGACGCACUACGCGAGUACUGUCUCUGCGAAAGCUUCAGUUCCGCACAACUAUCCAAUCUGCCCGGAGGACCUCCCAACCCUGAUGAAGACUUGACUCCAUUUAUCGACAUCGUUCAACAAGCAAGUUCUCAGCAGUUGCUGUCUCGUGCGUCGAAGCAGGGCUUUUCAGACUUCUACCUCAACUUCAUGCAAAACGGUGGACACGCGCAGUAUGGAUAUAUUACGUCUCCUUACAUAGUCUAG